AUGAGCUACUACGGCAGCUACUAUGGAGGCCUGGGCUCUGGCUACCGAGGCUUUGGGAACCUGGGUUAUGGCUAUGGCUGUGGCUGUGGCUUUGGAUAUGGGUCUGGCUAUGGUGGAUACGGAUAUGGCUACCGCCGCCCCCUUUUUUAUGGAGGAUAUGGAUUUUCCCGAUUCUACUGA